GUUGCCUGGUUGAAUUGCUGUUUGGCAGGACUUUAUAUUUUGAGGCUCCCCUGGACUGGAAUGAGCCAGUGGUCUUCCUCUCAAGCUCUUCUAUGCGCGGCCGGCGAAUUCCAUCCGCGCUCACUUCGCUGUCGCGUUCCGAACCGAACAUCUUUGCAGCUUCGCGGUACACAAAGGCAUCAUUCUCAUUAACAUCAACUGUCCACCAAGCUUUCCUAUUCCACUCAAUAGCUUGUCAUUCCUCACUUCCUUCCUUGCACUUCUUUCAAUCGGCAAGAACUUCAAUACUUUCCGCAAAGAUGGCAGACGACAAGAGUCGGAAACAGGCUACAUUGGGGAGAUUCUUCGGCUCAAAUGCGGGCGCCAAUCAAGCACCAAAGAAACAGACGACACUGGCAUUCGGUGGAAAGAGGCAAAAAUCUAUUGGUGAUGCUGCCACUGAGCCUGCAGAUGCUGAAAAUGGAACCGAGCCGACUACUGGUGCCGAACCCAAUGGGGUAGAGUCGGGCAAGAACUUGAAGCGGGAAAAGACCGAGGACGCAGAGGAUAGCGACGGGUCGGAUGUGCAACCUGUCUCUAAGCGUCGGCGCAAGGCCACAAAGGAACCAUCCCCGCCGGCAGGGAAAAGAUCACCCUCCCCGAAGAAAUCACCGAAGAAGUCCCCCAAGAAGUCCGCUAUAAAGUCCUCUCCAAUCUCCGCCAAAUCCGAAAUUCCGUCGCCGAAACCUGUUGUGAAGAAGGCCUCUGGAGAGGAGACCCCAGAAGCCGACCCGACAUCGGAUGUGGAUGAAGAGGACAUUGAAUCCGGGAGUGAGGCCGAGGAAGAGGCCAAGCCCGAGGCGAAGAAGAAGACGAUGGCGAAGGUGCAGGCCACUUUGAAAGCCACCGGAAAAGACCCGUAUCCAGAUUGGAAGGCAGGCGAUCCAGUCCCCUACGCUGCUCUGUGCACCACCUUCUCCUUGGUUGAGAUGACUACGAAACGCCUUAUUAUUUUGGCCCAUUGUUCUCUCUUCCUCCAGCAAGUGCUGCGUUUAACCCCGAACGAUCUACUUCCGACAGUCCAACUCAUGAUCAACAAGCUGGCUGCCGAUUAUGCCGGGAUUGAGCUUGGCAUUGGCGAGUCCUUGAUUAUGAAGGCCAUCGGCGAGAGUACCGGCCGCAGCCUCCAGGUCAUCAAGGCGGACCAACACGAAAUCGGUGAUCUUGGGUUGGUGGCCGCCAAGAGUCGUGGCAACCAACCUACCAUGUUUAAGCCUAAGCCUUUGACUGUCAGAGGUGUCCAUGAAGGACUGCUGGGCAUCGCCAAGGUUCAAGGACAUGGAUCACAGGACAAAAAGAUCUCCGGUAUCAAGAAGUUGUUGUCGGCUGCUGAUUCCGCAACGUCUGGAAAGGGCAACAAGGGUGUUGACAUUACCAAGGACAAGGGCGGUCCUAGCGAGGCUAAAUUCAUCGUCCGUUUCUUGGAAGGCAAGUUGCGACUGGGUCUCGCAGAGCGGACUGUUCUCGUGGCCCUGGCCCAGGCCAUCGUCACACAUGAGGCCGCCGUUGCAGGCGAGAAGUCUCCAACCCCAGAGCGACUAGCUGAGGGUGAGUCUGUUCUCAAAACGGUAUAUAGCGAGCUGCCAUCUUACGAAGUUAUAAUUCCCGCCAUGCUGGAGCAUGGUCUCUUCGAUUUGCCCAAGGUGUGCAAGCUUCAGCCGGGUGUCCCCUUGAAGCCUAUGCUUGCCAAGCCGACCAAGUCGAUUACCGAGGUUCUCGACCGGUUCGAGGGCAAGGAAUUCACCUGCGAAUACAAGUACGAUGGUGAGCGGGCACAAAUCCAUUUUGUGGCACCGGAUCAUAUUCAUAAGUACCCUGGGUCAGUUGCUACGUUGCAAAAGGACCAAAAGGGCCUCAGUGCGAUCUUCUCUCGCAACUCCGAGGAUCUGUCAAAGAAGUACCCAGAUGUGCUGGGUAAGCUUGACAGCUGGGUCCAAAAGGAUGUCAACAGUUUCGUUUUGGAUUGUGAGACUGUUGCUUGGGACACUGUCAACAAGAAGGUUCUCCCAUUCCAGCAGCUGAUGACUCGCAAGCGCAAGGACGUGAAGGCCGAAGACGUCAAGGUCAAGGUCUGCGUCUUUGCGUUUGAUCUGCUGUUCUUCAAUGGAGAGCCAUGUGUCAAGAAAUCACUCCGCGAACGCCGAGAGCUACUGCACAAAUGCUUCCAGCCCAUCGAAGGCGAAUUCCAGUUUGCGCAAUUCGGAAACACCAAUGUCCUCGACGAAAUCCAGGACCUGCUGGACGAGAGUGUCAAGGCGUCGUGCGAGGGCCUAAUGGUGAAGAUGCUGGACACUGCAGAGAGUGGAUAUGAGCCCAGCAAGCGGAGUCGCAACUGGCUGAAGGUCAAAAAAGAUUAUCUUGCCGGUGUAGGCGACUCUCUCGAUCUCGUCGUUCUAGGUGCUUACUAUGGACGCGGCAAACGUACUUCCGUGUACGGUGCUUUCCUUCUGGCUGCUUACAACCCUAACACCGACAAAUACGAGACGAUUUGCAAUAUUGGUACUGGAUUCUCGGAAACCCGACUCGAAGAGCUCCACGAGGAGCUUACACCCCUUGUUAUUGACCGGCCCAAGCCCUUCUACUCCCACUCUACUGUCCCCAAGGAUCAACCCGACGUGUGGUUCGAGCCCCGUCUAGUCUGGGAGGUCAAAACGGCCGAUUUAACACUCAGCCCUCGGUAUAAAGCUGCAGCGGAUGAUUUUGAAGGCACUACCGGUGGCGGUAAAGGUGUCUCACUUCGAUUCCCUCGAUUCAUCAAGUCCCGAGAUGACAAGAAACCCGAACAGGCCACUACGACCCGGGCUGUUGCGGAGAUGUAUCGCAAGCAAGAAGCAGUGGCCCAAGAGACCUCCGGCAAACGCGGAGUGGAUGAUGACUUUGAGUACUAAGACGCAUUCUGCUGAGCGUUUUGCAAAUCCAUGACCAAUCUAUCAAUUUUCCCGAAUGUUGCAUUGUAGUCAGAGUAAUCUCUCCAGCGUCAUCACACCAUUCAGCAUGCAAGAUGCACCAUGUGGGACUAGAUCGGUCUUGAGGCAAGACAUUGUCCAAUUUGUCUUCAGCGUCCGAGCCCCAAUUGCACGUUUUCUGGCCAUUUUGGGCAAUUAAACUCAAC